CAGUUCUACUUAAAUAAAUUUCAUCAAAGCAAUGCAACAGUUAAUGUUCUCUCAUUGAACUACUCUUUGGAGCUUUGAGAUCAUUGAAGUAAAAGAUUGUGGAGAUUUUGAUUUUUUUUUAUUUUUAUAAGAAGAUUAAAAGUAGUCCAUGAAGGUAGCAAACACUUCCAACGUGGAGUUGUUGGAGUUUCGUCCAUUCAACUGAUGUCUUUACUUUGCUGAUAGCAUUUCAUUGUGUCCUAGGCAGAGUUAGCAUGUGUCUGGGUUUCAUUAUAAUCUAACAAAAUGUGUGGAUAAUAAAUAGAUAAUAGUUGUGAAUGUAUGGUUAAAAUAAAAGUUUGACGGGAAAUUGUAAGUAACUUGUACUGUUUCCCAAACAUAGGCUUAGUGGCCGUGUAAUAAGCCACCAUUUUGCUGUGUGCUACUGGCAGAAAUUUCUUGGGGGUUUGUUAAAAAAAGACAUGGUGAAAAUAGCAGAAUAACUGUCAAUAAUCAUCAAAUGGGGCAAAACGUAUCAACCUUCUCAGGAGAGACCAUUUUAGACUCUUAAUCUUUUCGAUAAAAAUCCAUUAGUAGUGUGAAUGCUCAACUCUAUCAUGGGCGCCAUUUAUUUGCAUUUGUUUAAUAUGAAUUACUUCACGUUAAAUGCAUUUGUUACUUUUAAAACAGCUUAAUCUGUUCAGAAAUGGGUAGUAAUUAGUAUGCAUCUCUGUUAGUUAUCACCUAUACUGGUUAAAUAACUCUACAUUGAGAUUUUGGUAUAAACUUGUCCACUUGAUAUUUGGCUUAUAUUCUGUCAUAUUAUUACUCCUUAAUUGCAAAGUUGUGCUAGAGCAAUCUCUAGCUCGUGAAGCACAGGCCUCUAGCACAUUUGGAGAUGUUAGAUGUUAGUAUGCUGAACUUAAUGGCUGUUAUGCUUGUAAGUUGCGGAUCUCAAAUCUUGGUCUAUAUAGUUCUUGGUGGGUUGAUGAGGGUAAAUGGAUAAAUGUGCCAGUGAUGGAUGCACAAGUGGUUCAAACAGGUCUUGCUGUCAUGGAAUUGGCUAUGGUAGUUAUGACUGUAAUGUUUAUGUUGAUAUUUUGACUGUUGAUGCUAUUGAUUUUUACUUGAGUAACGUUUUUAGAGUAAAAUGCUGGUUUUUAAUCUUGAUGUUUCAUCUUUGUUGAUUAUGGUUAUGGUUCUACAAUUCUUAAAAGGAAACUCACCAUUCUAGCUCUCAAUGGUGUUUAGAAUAAUUUUCUUCAAGAAAUUUCCUUGGGUUGCACUGAGUCUGCCAUGUAUUCCCAACUUGAUAUUCAAUGUCACCAUGUCAAUGCCUUUCGGUUUUUUCCUGCAAGUAGUUUUCUAAUUUAUUUAUAUGUCUGCAAUAUUUAUUACGGUUACUUGAGUGCAUUUUUAUUCUGAAUCUACAGGGAAAUGAUCCAGCAUAGGCCUUAUACACAGAAAGUUGAUGUGUAUAGCUUUGGGAUUGUCCUGUCAGAGCUCAUCACAGGGAUGCUUCCCUUUCAGAACAUGACUGCUGUUCAGGCAGCAUUUGCUGUCGUCAACAAGGGCGUCCGUCCGAACAUCCCCAAUGACUGCCUGCCUGUUCUCAGUGAGAUUAUGACCCGUUGCUGGGAUGCUAAUCCUAAUGUUCGGCCAUCCUUCAGCGAGGUGGUCAGAAUGCUCGAGGCUGCAGAAACUGAGAUCAUGACAACAGUCAGAAAAGCUCGUUUCAGGUGCUGCAUCAGUCAACCAAUGACUAAAGAUUGAUGCAAAAAGAGGAAACUAAGAAAAGAUUAGAGAAUUGGAAAGGAAACAAAUCUGAUUUCAUGGCAGCUGUGUAUGUAUCAAGCUUAAUUUCUUUGAAAGGGGACGAAAUUUAUGAUAAUAACUGCUUGUUUUGUAUUCCUAAUUUAUGGAUUGAAGAUUUGAUGAACUAGAAGUAACAGUGGAGAUUUGAUGUGUAUUUAUUCAAUAUAUACAAGCCUUCUUUGCUGUUUAGCAUGCA